GCUAGGGCGGGUCUCGCGGAUUGUGACGGAUGCAAAACAAAGGUUACAGGCGGUUGGGGCUCAAGUGCGCCCGCGCAACGACGUUGCUAGGAGAAGAGCGGAGGCGCGGAUACAGAGGCAGGAGUGCGCAAGACAACAGUAGCACGCAGGCGCGGCAUUAGCCGAGGGUCUCUCUUCGCAGGCGCAGUUGCUCGUAGGCGGUGGCAGGUAGCGCGCUGCGCAGGCGUGUCGACGGCUGGGUGGUUCCUUCCUCUUUCCUUCCUAUCUGAGCGUUCGGAGGGUGUGAGGUGCUGCCGCCAUUUUGUCAGGAGUCCCGGUGCCAGCUCGGCCGCGGCCAUGCGUCCUGGAGUGAAGCUGUUCGUGGGGAACGUGCCCGAGGAGGCCACGGCCGAGGAGCUGGGCGAACUGUUCACGGGCGCGGUAGGCCCGGUGCUCGGCGUGGCCCUCAUGAAGCAGUUCGCCUUCGUGCACCUGCGGGAUGAGGCGGCCGCUGUCCGCGCCAUCUCCCAGCUCAACGGGCACCAGCUGCAUGGCCGCCGCAUCGUGGUGGAGCCGUCCCGCCCGCGGCCCACCAACACCUGCAAGAUCUUCGUGGGUAACGUUUCGGCGGCCUGCACCAGUGGAGAGCUGCGUGCGCUCUUCCAGCAGUACGGGCCCGUGGUGGAGUGCGACGUGGUGAAAGGAGACACAAUCAUGGAACAGGGGUUGGUACUCCUUUCCAUUGCACCUGCAGAGCUGUUUCAGGUGAUAUGGACCUGCCACCAGAUGCAACAUGGAGGGAAGUUGAAACUGUAUUAUCCACUGCUAAAGGCAGACCGAGAUCAACCUGAUGAUCUUCCCACUUGUAACUGAUCAUUACCUGCUGAGUGUUUUGCCUUAAUAAAGAUUUUAGCUCCAUCUGCUGAGAAAGUGAAUCUUAAUCCACCACCACCCAUUUUAGCAAUCAUGAGAGGGCAUCAACACUUGAGAUAAAAACAGCCCUUCUGUUGGCUCAAAACAAACAGACUAUGCACAAGAAACCACAAACUGCCCUGUCUUGCCUGCAAAGGGUUAGAAAUGAGCUUACAUCAAGUCUGCUCCUUUGUCAGCCAUGCAGAUUUUCAAUGGGCAUAUCUGCUUUGGGUACAAGCUUCUGCCAAAACAGGCAGAGGAAGAAUGGAUCACACUGAGGGUUCAUUUACUCCAGUUUCUUGUCUCCCAAGAGCAGCCAACACCAGAUAGUUCAGGGAAAGGAAAUCUGCAGCAGGCAGUGAUGGGAUAACUGCCUCUCCUUGUAGUUAGAAGUUGGCUUGUGCCCUCAUUGCUUCCAAAACACCUGCUUAUUUUUAAUGUCUCUUCUAACUCUGAUUAUUCUCAUUAACUAUGCAAGUGUCUAAUAUCCUGCAGAGCUUAUGGCCUCUAUGAUGUCAUGUGGCAAUGAGUUACAUAGGCUAGUUCUACAUCAUCUGGUGGCUUGCAAGAAGUGAACUGUGGUGGAAUUCAGUCCCCCAUCACUUAAAUCUGCAAACAGAAAUUGGACGUAUCUUUUUAAAGCUAUGCUUUAGCUCAACCCUAAGCAAUAGGGCUUGAUGUAGAAAUAACUGGGGGGUGGGGUUCUCUGGAUUGUGAAAUGCCGGUCAAACUAGAUGAUCAGAGUGGCCACCUCUAGUUUGAACUCUCAUGACUUGAGCAGGUGCCUGCAUGAACAAAACCAAUACAAUUGUCACUCACUUGUCAGUCUCUUAGCCCAAAGGCUGACUAGUAUUUAGAGUACUCUGAAUGCAGUAAUGAUGGACUCCCCCCCAACCCCCCACUCCAGCUAUUUGACAGUAACCAACAGCUGUAACUCAUGUUGCUGCUGCCUACAGUGUAGUUGUAGGGAUACAAGUAAGACUUCAAUCUCAAGAUGCCCAUGUAGCCACCAUGAACAAAUUCAAUUGGAAAAAAAAGAUGUUUCACAGGGAGGAGGAGGGCUAUUGUCUACCAAGCAACCUUGUACCCCAAGGUGUGUGUUUUCUGUAAGGGGGAGUCUUUCUUGAAAGCAAGCAGCAUUAUUAAUAAAAACACAUUGCAAGAGCAGCUAGAGGCUAACCAGCUCAGUCUGACCAUGCUAGGCACUGUGCAAACAAUUGCAUAUUGUAGGAGCCUAGAGACCCCAGCAUAGUAAGCACUGUAUAAACACACAGCGAAAAGAGAGGCCCUGCAGCAAAGGACCUCUAAAGAGACAUGGCAAACAGAAGGUGGCAUGAUAAGCAACAGUCACAGCAUCACAUGUGCAGAAUGUUGAGCUUUUGGUAGAUUGUAUGAUAGAGGAGAGUUUUAAGGAAGGGCUGUGUAAGAUGACAUAGGUGUUGAAUGUUUACAGAAAAUGCCCAAAGAGCUUAGGUCCACACAUCAACAGUAUUUGAGGAUCCACACCUUAUUUUUGUUGCCCUAAUGUAGCCAGAAAGGCAGUGAUCACCAGCUGCAUAAGGUGGCAGUUUUCGGGAUGUGUUAGUUGGAGGAUAAGGAGAUGGCUUUCCAGAUUUGGAUAGGGAGCUUUUCCCUACAGGAAAAAGGCAGCAUAGGACAAUGCACAAAGGUGGUGGUGGUGAGAGAGGGUAUUUAAAACACAAGAGAGUGGAGGAGUGUAGAAAAUGGCCUCAGCUGAUCAGAUGAGACCUGUGGAGGCUUCUUACACUAUUUCUGUUUUCCUACUCAUUUAUUCACUAGACUAGAUUAGGUAGCUAGAUUUGAGGAUAUCAGGGAUCUUGAGACAGGGGCGGCAGCAGCAGGAAACCCCACCCCCAGGAAGAGAACCAACUACAAUGGCCCACUAAGCAGGCUACAAGGAAGCAAGAUUUAAUAGCAGGAUGGCUAUGAGACAGCUUUGGAUAAGUUCAAAAAGCUAACAAAGUACAAGGGGAGCAGUGGUUGGGAAUAUCAGUGCCAUGGAAAAAAAAACCCUCCUCAUUCUAAGCCUACACCAGCUCAACCGCUGUUUCGUCACUGAGCAGAUAAGGCCCUUGUAUGUCACCUUGAGACUGCUGAAGUUAAUAGGCAAGGUUAAUAGGCAAACACGGAGAAGGCAACUGCUGUGAGUGUACCUCCAUGUACUCCUCUGGGAAUGCACAUCAGAAGCAUUUCUUGUAUCCACACUUUUUGUGCAGGAUCUCAGUCAGGUAUUUUACCAAGCUCAGGAGCUUUUCCUCUUUUGCAACUAAAUCAUAAACUGCCACUAGCCACCUCCUCACACACUACAGAUCUGAUUAGAGAAUCGUGGUAGUAAGACAGUCAGAGUAGACUAAAACUAGAUGGAAAUAGAUUUGUUCAGGCACCUCCAACUCUGAACUUGGCUCAUGUCCUUCAAGUUUAUCAAGAGAGACAUACAGCUGCUCUCUUCAGAGGGAUUUGAGAAGAGCUGAGCUGACAGCAGCAGGGUUGCUGCUGCAGAGAUCUACUUACCUCCUUAUCUCUUUUUCAAGCUGCAACUUUUUCACAAGAGGAAACUGCUGAGAAGCAGUGACAUGAGCCUGUGACUCUUUCCCCAUGCAGCAUGGACCCUAUAUACCCUGAAGAGGGAGUUCCACAUCAAAGUAGCAUGAAUAAGGCUGUAAGUCCUGCAAUAGCUGACCACUGAGAAAUUCCUGCCUACUGUAGCCUCUCAAAGGGUAUAGCUUAGACCUAGACAAUGCUCAGAGGUGAACUAGAAAGGACUAGUGCAUAAUGCAAUGGCUGAGGACUCUGGGGACCUGAGUUCAAUUGCCAAUUCAGCUACCAUUUUUUCCUAGUGUUACUGAGUCCCUGCUCCUGCCCCUUGUCUUGUCUAUUUAGACUGUAAUCUUUGUAAUAGCUAUACGUAUUUACAGUGCAUACCAGAAUGGGACCCCCACUCUCCUUUGAAGUUCCAGGCACUACUAUAAAUAGUGGCUUAAGUACUCUGUCUUGAACUGUUUCAUUCCAUAAAAUCACUCUCACAAGCUUAGACCAGGCACCAUGCAUGGUUCUGGUUUACACAAGACACAAGUAUACUCAUCUGUUAUAAGUGUUUAUUUUGCUGGAAAAAGAGAGGUGGUCAAACGAUGCUAAACUUCAGAGAGAAGGAGAGUUACAGGUUAUAUUCCAAAAAUAAUGUGGGGGCAGGAGAGACGACUCCAGAGUGCAGGCUAGAACUAAGGGGAGCAGGCUUUGCAAUACUACGUUGAUAUAAUAUUUCAUACCUAAUUAAGACUGGUUAUUCACCUUUAAAAACAAACAUACUAUUAAAUAGGCAAGCUACAAACUGAACUGCAAGAGGAAGACAGUAAUCCCAAGCACGUCUCCAAAAAAGAGUAAACUGGCAUUGCAACUACUCUAGCUCAAAAGCUGGGCUUAGAUUGGGUAAAGGGUACUAACGUCCCAAAGAGCAGCAGAGAAUAAUGGCUCUAGGGUCAUAGGAAAAUAAAAGGCCAAAAAAUUAUUCAAAGCAAUUUCUGAAAAAUAAAAAAGAAAAAGGAAGUUACUUUUCACUACACUUUGACGAGAGACAAAUGUCCAUUAAGAGUAAAUGCAUUAGCCGUGAUCAGUAUGCUUUGAAGCCCAGCACAGUUUGACACGUACGAUAUAGAUUUCACGUGCAACAGGAACCCGACGUCCAGCCGCACAUAUCCUACCUGAAAGAUAAAAAGCACAAUUCAUUCAAAGGCCUGAAGACAGAUUUCUGCCCUCAAAUACACUCAGGCCACCUUGAGUCUCCUGUACAAAGAAGAGGCGCAUUUCCUAGAGAAGAAGUCAACCUAUUUGUUCCUGAAAGCCACAAAAGUCAACAUGAGAAAUCCUUAAUGGUUAUGAAAUUAAUGAGGUUCCUGUUUCCAAGCUCUGUUUUAAUUGGGUCCAAAACCAAAGACAUAAAAUUGAGCUUCAUGUUUACUCCUUGGUCUUGGCUGUGGUUUGGUCAAACAAGUCCAGGCUUUUGCUUUUACCACGAAGAGCUGCUCGUUUACAGAAUUCAUUGCAUUUAUAGAGAAAACCACUUCAUGUGUAAUUAUACUCCAUUUAUUUCCUGUUAGAGACAACUGUAUGUAAACUGAGCUCCAAACACUGAAAAAAACUAAGAUUAUAUUUGUACGGGAAUGGGUCCUUAAUGACCAACGUCUGAGUUUUGAAAAAAAUACUCCAGAGCAUGUGCAGGCAGCCCUCCCACACUGGAGUCCAUUUCAAGUUCUUUCAGUUAAAAGAUUAAGUUUCUAGUCUUUAGACAGCCUUCCUAAUCUGACCAUACAGCACAUCUGAGUCCACAGGCAGAUCUAGUGCUUCUGCUGAUGCUCAUCAUUUUGCCAAGCAGCAAAACUACACUGAUUCUGUUCAUUGCUGCUGUUUAGAACUCCUUAGGCAGAGCUAGGAAGCCAACAACCAAGUCAGUUUCACUUUAUAGCUGCUUGGCAAAGCAAACACCACCAGCAGGGGCUGGAGCAGCAGAAUCCUCAUCCUGGCCCUUCCCUUCCAACAGCCAGCUGGUGUGGGAAGAAGAGAAAGCUCCUUUUUCCUGUAGUUAGAGGGCAAUGACGCUCCAAGCCAACUGGACCUCUAAUAGCCAGAGCUAUUACCGAAGACCAAAUGAUCACAUGGGGCCCAGGAUGGACAUCCUGAUUAAAAUCCCUGUGCCCACCCCCACUACUGGGGUGACAAGAGGUGCACAGAGGGCUUCCAUCAGUACAUUGACCUGGUCCUUUACAACAGGCCCGCUCCACCAGACCUAAUUCUAGGUUGCAGGGAAGGUUUUUCCAAGGACAAAGUAGUUCUGCUUCUUAGAAUGUGCCUAAACAGAAAGUUUUAGAGAAGGCAUCUGCUGUGCUGUAGCUAUUGGUAUGACUGGGCCAAUUAAAGAAUCACUGUAGUUUAAUACAGUUAAGUGUAGCAUUCAAGUUAUGGCAUUAACAAAACCCUAUUCAAAUAUCUUCUCUGAAAUGCAGUAGCAUCAAGACCUCCAGCCCAUUUAGAAGCUCAUCUUCUUGCCAUUGAUCUAAGUUUCCAGAACAUGGACUAAAAAUAGCUCCCAGGGUUGAGGAUGUUCUUGCUCACAAUUCAAAGACAGCUUGAAUUAAACAAGAGAAAGAAUUAAGAAAUCAGAUAACUCAGUCUCCAGAAGAUUUUGAGUGAAGUCUUCAAAAGCACCAAAAUGAUACAGGAACCCAAGUCAACAGGGGUUAGGCACUUUUGAAGAUUUUGCCUUUUGGCCUUUAAACAAUGACCAAGAAAUUUAGGUUUAAAAACCCCGUUUACUUUACACAAGGUUUCUUUUAAUAAAGUUUAAAGUGCCUGAGGACCCUGCUUACUUGCAGAAACUGCUUCCUGAACACAGACUCAGCAGCUGACUUUAGGGUUUAAGGGUAAAAUGUUCCAAAGUGCCUAAGUGAUUUAGAAGCCUAAAUCCCAGCAGACAUGGUGUCUUCUAUUCAGCUUGGUGUCUUCUUGCACUGAAACUGAAACCUAUUACAAGAUUCAUUGCAACCCUACAUGAACCCGACAGCUUUUGAGAGAGGAUGCAGAAUGGCCAUACUCAGUGGGGGAAUCAGUAGAUAACUCCCCAGUGCACUGCAUCAAAAGCAACCCCUGGAAAUGCACUGUCUGUGCCUCUUCUGCUGUCAUCAAAUAAGUCAUUGAAGAACAAUAUGCUACUACCUGGGCUAAACUCAGCUCAGAGUACAAUGCUGUUAUUUGAGUCAGAAACUUCUGAUCUCUCUCAGUACUUUUACCAUUGAAUCCUGGCCACGUGCAACAGGAGCCCUGGCAGAUUCCCAGGUCCUUCCCACGAGGGGUGGUGCAGUGACAAGGCAAGAACCUUUAUGCAAGGUGAGCUGAGUGAAGAAUCCAACCCUGUAAAAUGAAGUCCCUCCCAUGACAACAGACUGGGAGCAAAUUGGACACACCAACUACACCAGGCGUGCAAGAGGGGGCUCAGAUUUAAGAUGAGAAUUCUAAUCCUCCAUCAAAUCCUCUGGCCCCUCCUAAAUCACCUAGUAUCACCAUGCCACAAGCUUCCAACUGUUUAAACUGAGGCAAGUUAAAGCAGUUGUGGGUGAAUGCUCCUGGUCCUUGGGAGCAGGCAUUAUGGUAAACAGGAUGCUCAAUGGCAGGAAUGAACGAGACAGUGACCAUUGUCUUCAAUGUAAGACAUUCUCCUGACUCUCAGGCAAUUUAUAAGCUCCAAAUAUUUUGUGAACAGUAUUUGUGGUAGUUCAGACAAGUAAGACACUGUCCCUGCCCUCAAGGCCUUAACUCCCUGACUCAUCUCUGCUCCUGAAGUCCCAAGAGGAGCAGACUGUGUGCCAGUAACUUCUUUCAUCUUUGACUCAUUUGGCACGUGCCCUCCCACUUCCUAAAUUAGACUACUACAGCUCCCUCUCUGUGGGGGCUCCCACAAGGCCAUUGGGAAGCUUCAUUUACUGCAGAAGAGACUGAUCAGAGGAAACUAUACCCACGCUCCACACAAUAGUUGUAAGUUGUUUCACCUGGAGAUUUGUGCUUACUGCAAUUUACAAUGCCCUAGAUAUUCUGGGUCCUAAAUAGCUCCCCACAACAUCAUGUCCCAGAGCAUGAGUUUGAAGGAUCACCACUGCAAAGGGGGGGGAGGGAAGAGCUCUCAACAAUCCUCUAAUCAUAAGUCUGAAAUUGGCUAUUCUUAGAGUAUAGUGACAACUGUAAUCAUGCUCUGGCCUUUAACUGCAGGAAUUUGAAUCCCCUUGAUAAUUAAUCCCCUGGCUGUAUCCCCAUAAUUCCAUUUCUGGACUUAUUAAUGUAGCUGUAUAGUAGCAGCAUGGGUAAUAUAAAACAUGGUCUAUUUGGGGGAAAUGUUCCAAGCCCUACAUGUACAUCUGUUUCAGUUAUAUGCACAAUGCACUAGAUACUGUGGUGACAGAUACAUCAGAAAAACAUGCAGUAUUUCUAGACUUGUCUCAGUUUAGAUUUCGUUUUUACAUCCUGGCUUUGGAAAGUGUCUACUUCCAAGUAAGAGGCCUGAUGCAUUAUUAAUGUAAAGUCCUAACAAGGGUCAAAGCUUUGCCAAAUACCUGACAAGUGAAAUUCAGAGUUUAAUAGGUGUAAGGCACUUUUUGCUACCAUCCAGUGAUACAGGGUCAAAUGUGCCCCUGUAGCACCAUGUAUAUUAAGUACUUAACCUAGGAAGAGGAUGCCCAGGUCCUCAAAGUAUCUGGACAAAAACCUAUGAACUAGACCGGAAAGUGCUCUCACCUCCGACUCAAAACGCAGAGUACCGCGCCCUGUCCGCAUACGACUCCCGCCCGAACCGCUGAACGUCGUAGAGGGAGGCCCGAGCGACCGACGAGACUGGAGACAGCUGACAACGUUCAUAACCGUACGCCUCUCCGACGGUGGUGGCCGCGGUUGCCGUGCGACGCAGGGGGCUUCUAUCCCGGGUGUAAUAGGUGGAGGAUGCGGCUGCUGCAGCAGCAGUUGCAGCUGCAGCGACUGCCGCUGCUGCUGCUCCCGGGGUUGGCAGCAGCGCUCUAUCGUAAGGGUCUAGGGUAGUAGUGAGGCGAUUGGCCAUGGCUGUGGUGGCGGCCAUGGCUGUGGUGGCGGCCAUGGCUGUGGUUUGUACUUGGGAGUAUUGCGCGUACUGCGAAUACUGGGCCAUUGUUUGCUCUGCAUAGGCGUCGUAUGCAGAUGCCGUAGCAUAGGGCCUCACCCGGUAUCUUUUGUAGUAGUCGACCAUUGCUCCAUACCCAUCAUCGUAAUACAUGGUCUCCCCAUAGCCCGCGGGGUAGGGAGUGCGCACCGCUCCAUACUGCUCAUUAUAGGUUUCGGUAAAGUCAGGCACUUGCCCCGUGCGAUCUACCGGACACUCUUUAGACCAGUGCCCUUCUUUCCCGCACCGAUAGCAGCCGCUCUUGUCUCCCAUCCCAGGCGCAGUCCUGAGCCGACUGGUGGACAACUGCACGUGCAUCCGCUUGCCUUUAAGAAACAGACGCAAGAAUGGUUGCUAUAAUAAACUGAUGCCACAUGGAAAACCACAAGAUUUGUAACAAAACAAAGCAUAUUAGAUCUUGACCUAAAAUGUAUCAAGACAAGCAGACCGAUUCACCCCCUCAGUACAUCUAACCAGAUAGCUACAACUAUUGAGCAUUCUGCCCAUAAGUCAAACCAACAACUUUACCCGUCAGCUUUUACGGGAUACUGGUUCCUCACUGUCUACUAAGAUUUACCUACAUGAAGUGGUGCAGAGCCCCAAGAACAGACAGAACUCCCAAGAUCUCCAGUGAUUGUAUCUGACUUGGAAUGGUUAUUGAUGCAACUCUGUAAGGAAACAUCCUGACAAAUCCCAAGAUGAUUUUUCAGAAGGUAUCCAUAUAAUGAUUGUCAGAGCAGACCAGGAACACCACAACAUGAACUACCAUACUUAGCAAGAGGGUUCAAGUUCAAGAAAGUUACAUACAUUGGUAGCCCAUGUACAAUUCAAAAUGGUCUAUAAUCUCUGGCUUCUACUUCCAGGCCUGGUGAAGGCUGGGCAUUAGCAGAGAUGUACAAUAAGCUCAUACCACAGCAAUCUUAUCGCAGGCGAUUUGCAGAGAAGCUAAACAAAAAGGAGCCACAUGCCGACCAUCCAGGCCACAGGGGAGACCAGGAGAUGUUAACUGGCAGAAAGGGCACUGUUACUCCUAGCAAUGUCCAAAGAGAUCUUUAGCCCCCUUUUUAAAACACAAAGCCUGCAGCACCCGAUGGGAAAAAGUAGCAGGAUGUAUACAGAAGUCAUUGGCUCUGUGGACAAAGCAUUGCAGAACUAUUGCAUGUGCUUGUGGUUUUCCAUUGCUUAUGGUCAGGUUUGUGGAAAAACAUUUUCCUCUGACACCGAAGUCAGUGGGAGCUGCUCUGAAUGUCAGGCCACUUAUUUAGAUGCCUUUAUAGCAAUCUUGAUAUGCAAGUUUAGACUGUCAAGUUUAAAAGCACUAACCAAACUGUCAGGCAAUCUUGCCGUGCAAGUUAGCUAUAAGCCUUUGGAUCAUUAACAGUUUUGUAAGAGCAAUUUGCUCUUCCACCUCAAAUGAAAAAAGCUACACACACACACAAAAUUUCUCACACUGCAAGCACUUUGGCUGCAUGUUUAGUCUGUGAACCUAACCUAGAACUGUUUUCAGUAUCAGUGAGUCCCGCAGAACUCAGUGCUAGAUUUUUCUUUGGCAGUUUUCUUUGCCAAGAUGUCUCAGGUGAUUGCAUACAGCAAGUGAGCUUCUCCUUGCAGAGGAGGCAAUCUAUUCUAUUUAGAUUCUUUACCAUGCACCUUAGAACAGCAAGAAUGCUGUAACUGCAUGCUAGAUGUAGAUGAUGUACUACAAAGAAAGUGGAUUUGCCAGUUAGCCCAAAGCAAAGGAGCAUUUCAGACCAGAAACUGUCUACUUGUCACUCAAAGUUUUGACUGUAGGACAAGAGACUGAAUGUAGACACUACAAAAGGAGUUCUUGGUGUGAAACAGCCAAUACUUCAAGGAGCAUAAUGUAGGAAUCCUUGUGGCUUUGGUAUUAAGUUCAGAUUUAAGUACAGCACUUUUGCCAGCUAAACUGAAAAAUAUUUAAUUGUUUGAAUUACUGAGUUACUUGCUACUUUCAGUGAAUUAAAGCUAUUUAUUGAUCACCAUUCUUGUGCUUUGCAAUGUACAAAAGCAGAGGUGAGAAGAUCCCUCCAACCAGGUGACACUGAAGGAGCUUCUGCACAAAGCUGGAAGAGAAAAAAGCAUUGUAACCAUAACAUGCGACAUCUCCGACUUAGCAUCCGGCCCUCAGCAGCAUUCAGAGAGUCAGAGCCCAGAUUAUAUUCUACAUCAAGACACCAUUUCAGUUAGAUGUUACAGAACAUAAAUCACAACAGAAUCCAGUAAUCCUUUAGCCAGAAAGUCCAUAAAACAGUCCCAAUUUAACAGCACAAGUUGAUGGGUGACCUCUUGCCAACUUGACUUACCUUAAAUUACAGAGAUAUAGCCAGUGUUUAUGGUAGCAAAGCAACUUACCACUAUGGGACUUACCUGACAGAGGAGGACACCAGGCAUUCGCCCUCUACUGUGCUUCACAUCAAGUGAUUGAGACUGAUACUAAACAGGUAGCAAAGUGCUGUAGACUCAGGGCUGGAAAACUAUUUAUACAAUACUUGACUAUAGCAAGCUACCCAUGUCACUUCUGAAAAUAGGUCUUAAGAGGUUAAGUGACUUGGGCAUUUUUGAAAAUGUUACCCCUAGUGGUACUUGUGUUUUCAGAAGUAAUAAAGUAACUUCAUCUUUUAUAUAUUCUAGAUUUCCCACACACACUAAGGUGUAGUAUAUAAUAUUGGCAGCUCUGAAAACUGAAGUCACUUAUCUAUAAAACAGGUCUGGCACUAUCAGUGCCCACACAAUGUGCCAGCACCCCCACCCAGCCAACAUGUAUCAAUCCUGACCUGGAAGGCCACUUUGAAGAGAGGCGGGUUCAUCCUCUAGGGCCAGUUCAAUCUUUGGACUUUUCAAUAAAGCACCUGAAUGCAGUGUUUAUGAGAAGUGCACACUUGUUCAACAGGAAAUGGGCUGGGACCCACCAGCUUAUUUCAUGGGAAUAAUGGAAGUGCGAUGAGUAGGUUUGGAAGAAUUUGAUUUUUAAUCAGAAAACAUCUAUUUCACUGUACACAAGUGGUUCUCAAACUUUUAUACUGGUCACCCCCUUUCACAUAGCAAGUCCCCUUAUAAAUUAAAAGAACACUUUUUUAUAUAUUUAACACCAUUAUAAAUGCUGGAGGCAAAGUGGGGUUUGGGGUGGAGGAUGGCAGCUCACGACCCCCCAUGUAAUAACCUUGUGACUCUGUGAGGGGUCCCAACCCCCAGUUUGAGAACACCUGCUGUACAUAUACUAACCAGUGGAAAAAAUAUUUCCAUUGAUAAUUAAAAUUUACAGAUAGGAAACAUAAGAAAAGUGUUGCUUGAGAACUUAAAGAGUUUGAUUGAAGGAUAUUUACUUCGUAUAAUUUGACAUGUGAUGUUGACAGUUUGUGUUUUAACUGUUAUAAAUCUUUAAUGUUUUGAA